AGAACUAGAAAGCUUUCUAAAUCCGUCUUUAAUCAAUUCUCUUCUUUUUUCUUCAACGCCAUAGCUUUUUCUGGGUUUUUCGAGAAUUUCUUAAAGAGGAUCUGAAGGGUUAGAGAACAGGAUAUAAGAAGAAUCAUUAUUGUCAUCUGUGAGAAUAUCUCAGAGCUUCUUUCUGAUGAACAAAGGAAAUUGUUGGAAAGCAACAGACUGAAAACGCUACCAGGAAAAAACACAAGAGGAGUUGUGACUGGAAGAGACUCUUUCUGGAUUUCUGAUAGAUUUAUAUGAUUGAGAGAAGAACUCAGCGCCCGUGUAUGGAUUUUCCACCUUUGAUAACGGUACUAGAGGGCGAUUUCAACAUGGAGAAUGCUUCUGCAACAGAAAUUGAUACUUUAGAGAACUUGGAUGACUCUAAGCAAAUAAGUAAAGGAAAACCACCGAGGCACUUUUCUGCCAUGCAACAUAUCACAAGCACUACAGUUACUACUACUAGGCUGCAGGUUGCAGUCAAUGCGGAUGUGGCUGUUUGUAAUUUGGUUAUGAAGUCACCUGGUGAAAAUUCAGAGUUUUUGCCUGUAUACCGAUCAGGAAGUUGUGCUGAACAAGGGGCAAAACAGUUCAUGGAAGAUGAACACAUUUGCAUCGAUGAUCUUGUUGAGCACCUUGGUGCAGCUGUUGAAUUCUCAUCACUUGGAGCCUUCUAUGGGGUAUUUGAUGGCCACGGUGGCACAGAUGCAGCAGUGUUUGUCAGAAAGAACAUACUGAGAUUCAUUGUAGAGGACUCCUACUUCCCACUAUGUGUAAAGAAGGCAAUUAAGAAUGCUUUCCUAAAAGCUGAUUACGAAUUUGCAGAGGAUCCUUCUCUUGACAUCUCUUCUGGGACCACUGCCCUUACAGCUUUUAUUUCUGGAAGGAGGUUGAUAAUUGCAAAUGCUGGUGAUUGCCGAGCAGUGCUUGGGAGAAGAGGUAGAGCAAUUGAGUUGUCCAAAGACCACAAACCAAACUGCAGUUCCGAGAGAGUAAGAAUAGAAAAGUUAGGUGGAGUUGUGUAUGAUGGCUACCUCAACGGGCAACUAUCAGUUGCGCGUGCCAUUGGAGACUGGCACAUGAAAGGUCCCAAAGGCUUUGCUUGUCCUCUAAGCCCAGAGCCAGAGUUGCAAGAAACGGAUCUGAGUGAAGACGAUGAGUUCUUGAUAAUGGGGUGUGAUGGUCUGUGGGAUGUGAUGAGCAGUCAGUGCGCUGUGACGAUCGCAAGGAAGGAACUGAUGAUUCAUAAUGAUCCAGAGAGAUGCUCUAGAGAGCUUGUGAGGGAGGCCCUUAAAAGGAAUACAUGUGACAAUUUAACUGUGAUUGUUGUUUGCUUCUCUCCUGAUCCUCCACAGAGGAUAGAGAUCCGAGUGCAGUCACGUGUGAGGAGAAGCAUAUCUGCGGAAGGAUUGAACCUAUUAAAAGGCGUGCUCGAUGGUUACCCGUGAGCCACCCUCGAAACAAAGAUUUGGAGAUAUCUACAUUACUUUGUGAGAUCAUUGCCAACUUAGAGAGUGUUGUGUAGGUUGCCGAGUUGUGUUCUUGAGUAUGUUUGUUUGUUACCAAUAUAUUAGUAUUCAACAUCCAUUGAGAUUUUAGAUUGAUGCAUAUCGCUUUGUAAAUAACUCUUUUUUGUUUUUUACUUGUACCAUGGGAUCCCUUUUUAAAAAUAUAAUAGAAUUUCUUCUUCGAUUA